AUGGGGCACAGCCGCCCCCGCUGGAAGAAUGCUCAGAGGAAGUCCGGGCAGGAGGACAAGGGUGACACCAUCCCGGAUGAACUUCUCGGGCUGGUGUUCCUGCGCCUCACCUCACCUCUGGAUCUCGUCCGCGCCGCGUUCACCUGCAGGAGAUGGCGCAAGGUCAUCGCGUCGGAGAACUUCCGUGUCGUCUCCGCUCUCCACGGCGCGCCAUCCUCCAUAUGGUACUUGUUCGGUGCGCUCGGAAACUUCAUUCUUGCUCUCGACAGAGAAUCCGGCGAGCUCUCACGCUUCCAGAGAGCUCGAGACGAGCACUGGCUUCACACCGUGCCGAUUGAGAUGCUGGGCGGGCCCUCGCACGUGCUGAAUUGUAUCCUCGCCGCUCACCCUGGCCCCGCCAGAAGCAUAUCAAUUGACCCCUUCAGAAGCACUUGCAAGGUCGACACCACGCUCGACAGCUGGUUCCGGUCCACCACCCUAUCUUGCGUCGAGUACCUCAGAUUCGAUGGUGGAACAGUGAUGCACUCCUUCCCGCUGUCCGCGCUCCGCUGCGCGCCCACGCUGCGUAUUGUCAGCAUUUGUACUUGCUAUUUGCCCGAGAUUUAUGCCAACUCCAUGCUUCUUUUCCCCCAACUCAAGAAGCUGAUGCUCUAUGACAUCUACAUCUGUAAGGCGGCGAACAUCAACCGCCUGUUCACCCGCUGUAUUGUGCUCGAGGCACUUCACCUUGAGGGGGUCCACGGGUUCACCCACCUCAACAUUCACAUGCCAAAUCUUCGUACAAUUAGUGUGGCUAGCUAUUGGAAACACAACACCACCGAACUUAUUCAGUUAAACACGGUGCAAAUUAUGGAUGCAUCUUGCCUCGAGAGAUUGGUCAUAUGUGUUCAUGAUGUUCCACUACUAAUCCAGGUCGCCAACGCACCAAAGUUGAUGGUGUUGGGCUUUGCGUCGUACCCUGGCUGCCAACUUGUUAUUGGACGCAUAAACUUUUUGAGGAUGAUGCCCAUAAGCUUGGAACAUUCUCUGUGCACAGUGAAGAACUUGGUUCUAAAAUCUGACAGCCCUAGUCUGGAUCAACUACUUGCAUUUCUUAGAUGCUUUCCCUGCACGGAGAAGCUAUAUAUCAAGUUUUAUAGAACCGGCGAUAAGGUUCAUGUGCUGCAUAAUGAGCCAGCCUGUCCCAUUGAAUGCCUUGAUCUCCAUGUCAAAGAAAUUUCAAUUUCUGACUACCGAGGAAGGAGAAAUGAUGUUAUUGUCUCCAGGUUCUUUAUGCAGAACACUAGAAUGCUCAAAGUAAUGAAAUUUGGUGUAACAAAUUAUCACAAUAAGAUCUGGUGGGAUACCCAGUUCAAGUGCCUAGACCUGAAGAACACCGCUUCUAGAGAUGUUGAUUUUCAGUUUGGAUAUUUACCAUCCUUAGAUAAGUUCAGCUCGGACGGUGUUCGUAGCUGCUUGAUACAUGACUUGUCAGUGGCUGAUCCCUUUGCUAGAGAGAUAUAUGCAAGAUUUGGGCCAAUUUCUGCAUAG